AUGUUCUGCCAACGCAUGCUGGGGCAACGCCUGUUGGACGCUAUACUGUGCCUGGCCUUUGUGCCCGGCUUCUGUGUGACGGAUCUUAACCUAGCCUGCGAUGACCAGGAGUAUCCGAUACCCAUGCUGUGGACACCCGGUGUCAGUGUGCAUACCUCAGGCAACACACCUGUACAGGCCGAUACACCUAUAGACUCUCAGUCCCAUGAUGUGAAUGCAAACCGGGCCGAGUUGUUGGGUCUGUUGUUG